AUGGCGAAACCUAGUGACGCCGCAGCAACGACGCCACGACUGCCUCACACCAAGCAAACGACACUCCACCGCCCGCGACCCGGUUCUUCCAACAUGCCUGCCACCUCACAGUCGACCCGCCCUCCCAAGCGCUUCAAGUCUGUCGCGUCCGACGACGGCGCGUCCGGGCCCGUCACCUCGUCCAACUUCACCGCCCCCCACAAGCGCACCAUGGCCUUCGCGUCACCCGUGCGUAGGCCGCCAUCUCGCGACCUGGGCUACAACCCGCGCGCCGCCUUGGCCUCUGCUGCUCCUUCUCCUUCGGACGGCCACGACAAGUCUCGGUCCACCUCGGUCGACGCGGUGCCCAUCGCGCCCCUGGCUCCCAUGGCCCCCAUGGCCCCCAUGGAGGACGAUGCGCCCAAGCCCCCGCCCACGCCCACGCCCCAGCCCGACGUCCCCGAGGAGCCCGCCUCGAUCGGCGGCGCUCUCUGGAAAUCGAUGCGCAAUGUCCUUGGCGGCGGCGGCGGCGGCGGCAGCGGGAACAAUGCGACGCCUGAGCCGACGAGCCCGUCUGUUGUGGCCGGACGCAAGAGGGCGUUCAAGGAUAUCGAAGAAGCUGAGGAGCCUGCGGCGGACGAGGCCGAUGCAGAGGCGCCAGAGGAGGCCGAGCCUGUCGCGACAUAUAGCGCCACGGUCACCGAGACUGUUGUGGAGACGGAGGGACCUGCGGGCGAGACGAUUGUCGCGACGGAGGAGACGGUUGUGGAGGAAGUCGAGGUCAAGGCGAACAGCACGGCUGUCGAGCUCGAGGACCAGCUUCACGAUUCGCUUGGGGGCACGGUGGAGAGCCCUCGGUCGGCUAGAGGUGCGCCAGCCAUUUCUGUCAGUGUCAAUAGAACUGUGACUAAUAUGUCGCUAGAUGUUCCUGCUGGUGCAGACGUGGCAGAUGAUGUCGAGACGGAGGAAGUCGAGACGGAGGAAGUCGAGACGGAGGAAGUCGAGACGGAGGAAGUCGAGGUCAAUGGGGAAGAGACCGCGCAGCCAGACCAGGUUGCUAAAUCUGCUGUGGAGGAGGCUCCCGAGGAAACCGCCGCCGAAGAUACCAACAAACCAAAGGCGGAGACACCAGUCGCUCCAGAACCCGCUGCUAGCGACGACACAUCCAAGGCCGAGACCGAAGCCAACAACGGCGAAACCCUGCAGCCCAUGACCAAGGACGGCGCGGAGGUCUUCGAGAUGAAGGACAUUGUCGAGCACCGCCAAGCCACAGACGACGAGACCCUCUUCGAAGUCCGCGUCAAGUGGGACACGGAAGACCCCCAAGAGCAGUUCUCCUGGGAGCCAGAGGCCAACGUCCAGGAGGACGCGCCGGCCGCGCUGUGGAAGUACUGGCGCUCCGUCAAGGGCGGGCGCGCCGCCGCCAUGGCCGACCCGGAUAUGUGGCACGUGCUCCACGUCGCAGGCCACAAGGUCCAGCCCGACGGCAGCGUGCUCCUCCACGUCGCAUGGAUCGGAUCGGCGCAGAAAUCAUGGGAGCCCGAGGACGCUGUCCGCGGCUACGGCGCCGAGCAUCUCGACGAGUACUGGGCGAUGCAGGGCGGCAGGGCGACGGUCUUGAAGGGUGCGAAGACCAAGGCUGGUGCGCAGACCAAGGGUGCGAAGCCCAAGGCUGGUGCAAAGAAGGCCCCGGCCAAGAAGGCCGCUGCAAAGGCCACCGCCAAGGCCAAGGCUGCGCCAGCGAUCAGCCCCCAACCGACAAAGGCUGCCGCGCCAGCCGCGCCCAAGGCGAGGGUGCCCAGGAAGGCUCUCGCAAAGGCUGCCCCUGUCAGGCCUUCCAGAGCAAAGCCGUCCCCCGCGAAAGCCGCCCCCAGGACCGCGCCAACGACGCGCCCGUCACGAGCGGCCAGGACCGCCGAACCAGUCGAAGAGGCGCCCGCUCCCGCAAAGCCGAAGCGCAAGGCGACCGCAACACCCAAAGCAGCACCGCCGGCGAAGAAGGCAAAAGAAGCGCCCCCUCCGGCACGCUCGACGCGCAGUCGAAGGACGUAG